AAUUUGUCCCUGAUGAAGCACCGUAGCCAUCCGAGAGGAGAAAACACUUGAGGAGCGUGUGCAGCCAAUCGUCAGAACAACCCCGCAAGACUACAACACGACUGGAAGUGGGAGGGAGGACUCGGGAAGCAAAACAUGGCGAAAUAACAAGUUUGGCUGCAGCCCGCUUGUUAAACUGCACCGUGUCGUCGGUGUGUUGGGAGUAUCACUACAAGUUCAUAAACGCGUGAGAAGGAAGGCGACGCCUAACUUUAAAGAGUCGCUGGCCCCCAAUUUACAAGUAUUACGGCGGUGCCUUGCGAAAAAAAAAAAAUAGUGCUCGUCUGCGCUUUCCCCCGGAAGGUUGUCGGUGCUAGGCGCGACUGUCAACACAGAAAAUGGUUGAAGAAGGAAAGUUUAUUCUGGGGGGGGAAAAAAAGACUAAUUUAGCCGAGUAGCUUAGCUUCGUGAGCCAGCUGACGUCGGGUUGAUUUCACGCACCUGACUCGGUGUCCGGAUGAACGUGCGCUCGGAAUUGAUGAAUAUUUAAGUCGUGUUAACAAGUUUUACAACUGCAGUCGCCAAGUAUCGUGUUUUUUUCCCCCAACGAGGCCAUUAUUUUUCAUUUUCCGCACUUGUGUUUGUAUUCAGGGAGGACAGACGUUUACGGCUGGUGUUGACAGCCUGCCGGUCGGUCGGUUCUGGUGCGGACGGACCCGGACGCCAUCACAUCGCUGCGUCUCCUUAAAAACAAGCGUCGCGCUGCUGAGCCGUGAAUGUUAUUUUUCUACUCCCACAGCUUCAGUGGCACACCAGACCUAUCUGGUAGUUUUUUCGCAUCAUUUUUUUUUAAAUGACAUAUAACACUAUCUGAAUGUUUGACAGCAGCAGAGGCGUCUUGUCAAAAUGAACGCAGCAAGGUGUCAAACCACGGCGGAGGUGCACUGCAUUGAAAGCCUGCCCGUUGUUAGAGCGGUACCGAUGGCCGGCUAACGGGGGACGACACCACUUGUUUUUGUUGAAAUCUCUUGUAUUAAGUUAACCGUCUCUGGGUCGGACAUUGUCACCGCUUUUUGCAUUAAAACACCCGCGGAUAACAUCAUAUCUGUCGGCCGGAGUUGACGUGAGCUAGCCAGCUGGGUGCGUCUGUGGCGGCUCUCUAUCUGCGAUGUGUGUGCUAAUCUGAGUGCUACCGUGCGGCUCCGCAACAGUGUCAGCCCGUUUGCUGGAUCUAAACCACAGAUAACACCGAUCCAAGAUCGCUGCAGCAGCCACGUCACAUUUCUCUCAGCACUUCUUGUCAAAUAGCUUUGCUAACUUGGUAGCUAAGGCUCCUAAGUUUGACCAGCCAUGUCUGAAAACGCCCCCACACGGAGCCUGGAUGACAUAGACCUCGCAGCUCUGAGGGAUCCGGCAGGAAUCUUUGAGCUGGUCGAGGUUGUCGGCAAUGGGACCUAUGGGCAGGUGUACAAGGGCCGUCACGUGAAGACGGGACAGCUGGCUGCCAUCAAGGUGAUGGAUGUUACGGAGGAGGAAGAAGAGGAGAUCAAAGCUGAGAUCAACAUGCUGAAAAAAUACAGCCACCACCGCAACAUAGCCACGUACUACGGUGCCUUUGUCAAGAAGAGUCCACCAGGACAUGAUGACCAACUUUGGCUGGUGAUGGAGUUCUGUGGGGCCGGAUCAGUGACCGACCUUGUGAAAAACACUAAGGGCAGCUCUCUGAAGGAGGACUGGAUUGCUUACAUCUGCCGAGAAAUCCUAAGGGGCCUUUCUCAUCUCCACGCCCAUAAAGUCAUCCACAGAGACAUCAAGGGCCAGAACGUGCUGCUAACCGAGAAUGCAGAGGUCAAACUUGUUGAUUUUGGGGUCAGUGCUCAGUUGGACAGGACUGUUGGGCGUAGGAACACCUUCAUCGGGACACCGUACUGGAUGGCACCUGAGGUCAUUGCCUGUGAUGAGAACCCUGACUCCACCUACGACUACAGGAGUGAUAUCUGGUCCUUGGGGAUCACAGCCAUUGAGAUGGCAGAGGGAGCUCCUCCCUUGUGUGACAUGCACCCGAUGAGAGCCCUCUUCCUCAUUCCCAGGAAUCCCCCCCCAAAACUUAAGUCCAAAAAAUGGUCCAAGAAAUUCAUUGACUUUAUAGAGGGCUGUCUGGUGAAGACAUAUACCAGCCGACCAUCCACAGAGCAGCUUCUCAAGCACUCCUUCAUCCGGGACCAGCCAACUGAGCGCCAGGUCCGAAUUCAGCUCAAAGACCAUAUUGACCGUACGCGCAAGAAAAGGGGAGAGAAAGAAGAAACAGAGUAUGAGUACAGUGGUAGUGAUGAAGAGGAUGAAAAUCGUGGGGAUGAAAGAGAGUCAAGUUCUAUCCUCAACCUACCCGGUGAGUCCACUCUGAGGCGGGACUUUCAGCGUCUGCAGCAGGAGAACAAAGAGCGCUCGGAGGCUCACAAGAGGCAGCAGGCCCAGCUGGCUGCUCAGCGUAGGGACCCUGAGGAACACAAGAGGCAACUGUUGCACGACCGACAGAAACGCAUUGAGGAGCAGAAGGAACAGCGUCGCCGACUUGAAGAGCAACAGAGAAAGGAGCGAGAGAUGGUGAGGCAGCAAGAAAAAGGUCCCCAUCGGAGACUCGACGAUAUGAGACGGGAGGAAGAUAGAAGGUUGGCUGAGAGAGAGCAGGAGUUUAUCAGACAUAAGUUAGAAGAAGAGCAGCGGCAGUUAGAAAUCCUUCAGCAGCAGUUGCUUCAGGAGCAAGCACUGCUUAUGGAGUAUAAGCGCAAGCAGCUGGAGGAACAGCGACAGUCAGAGCGACUGCAGAGGCAGCUGCAGCAGGAGCAUGCCUACCUGGUGUCUCUGCAACAACAGCAGCAAGAAAAGAAGCCCCAGCUCUACCACUACAACAAAAACCUGGAGCCCAACAACAAACCUAGUUGGGCCCGAGAGGUGGAGGAGCGGAGUAAGCUCAACAGACAGGGCUCACCCAAAAUCUGCACCACUGUCUCUGACAAUGCCCUCCAGUCACGCGCUGACUCAAUCAGCCAAUCAGGAGUGGUCCAGUCUGCUCAGACCCCACCAAUGCAGAGGCCUGUUGAACCCCAAGGGGGGCAGGGAAAGUUCCAGAUGGCUCACUUGGUUCCACUGAAGCCUUAUGCUGCCCCUGUCCCUCGUUCCCAGUCCCUCUGUGAUCAGCCCACUAAGACCAUGUCCGCAUUCCCCACCCAGGAUCCCUCCCUUACCCCCAGCCCCCGUCCCAUCCACUCUAGAGAGCUGGUGCGUCAAAACUCUGACCCUACUUCUGAAAUCCCGGCACCGCAGGCACACCAGAUGGGAGAGGAUCGCGGCCCCUGGAUCCGUCUGCCAGAUGUGGAACUCCCACCCAAGAUUCCACAAAGGACAGCGUCUAUUGCCACAGCUCUCAACACCAACCUGACCUCUGGCAUAAGGCAUCCAGUGCGAGCCAGCAAUCCAGAUCUCAGCCGCAAUGAUCGCUGGGAGAGAGGAGACAGUAUGAGCAUCAUAUCCAAUCUCCCCCAGACUGGCUCCCUAGAGAGGCAUCGCAUCCUCAGUUCCUCCAAAAUGGAUUCGCCCAUUCUCUCCCAUGACAGCCGUCAUAAGCCAGGGGAGUCUCGCACCUCCUCCCGCCCUGGGCGCCCUGCUGACCAUGGCCUCUUUGCCAAGGAGCGGGCUGAGGAGCAGCCAAGGCCCCCAGUCAAGGCCAACGAUUACUCCUCCUCUUCGGAGAGCAGCGAGAGCAGUGAGGAGAGUGAGAGUGGCGAGGGAGCUGAGGAGGAAGAAAGCCCCACAGAUCGUCACAGGGAUGGAGACACUGAUUCAGUCAACACCAUGGUGGUUCAUGAAGACGAGGGUGAGGUGGGAGAGGGAGAGCAAGCAGGAGGCUACGGGGAUCAGACCAUGCUGGUGCAGAGGACCCCAGAGAAGAGGAGCCAUAAUGGAUACACUAACUUGCCAGAUGUGGUGCAGCCCUCCCACUCCCCCACAGAUUCAGCCACUCACUCCUCCCCUGGGAAGGACUCUGUUUAUGACUAUCAGUCCAGGGGUUUGGUUAAAGCAUCUGGCAAGUCCUCCUUCACCACCUUUGUGGAUCUGGGCAUGUACCAGUCACCAGGAGUUACAGGGGAUAACAUGUCUGUCACUGGCUCCAGGUUUGAGCAGCUGAAGAUGGAGGUGAGGAAAGGGUCCAUGGUGAAUGUCAAUCCCACCAACACACGCCCCCCCAAUGACACACCUGAGAUCCGCAAGUACAAGAAGAGGUUCAACUCCGAGAUCCUGUGUGCUGCCCUCUGGGGUGUGAACCUGUUGGUGGGCACAGAGAACGGUUUGAAGCUGCUGGACCGUAGUGGUCAAGGCAAGGUUUACCCCCUCAUCAACUCCCGCAGGUUCCAACAGAUGGACGUCCUGGAGGGCCUCAACCUGCUCAUCACCAUAUCAGGCAAGAAAAACAAGGUGCGUGUCUAUUACCUGGCCUGGCUGAGGAACAAGAUCCUCCACAAUGACCCUGAGGUGGAGAAGAAGCAGGGCUGGACCACUGUGGGGGAGAUGGAGGGCUGCGUGCACUACAAAGUGGUGAAAUAUGAGAGGAUAAAGUUCCUGGUGAUUGCUCUGAAGAAUGCGGUGGAAGUGUAUGCUUGGGCGCCCAAACCUUAUCACAAAUUCAUGGCCUUCAAGUCUUUUGCAGACCUGCCACACAGGCCCGUCCUGGUCGACCUGACAGUGGAGGAGGGUCAGAGGUUGAAGGUCAUCUACGGUUCAUGUGCCGGCUUCCACGCCAUCGACGUGGACUCCGGGAACAACUAUGACAUUUAUAUCCCCGUUCAUAUUCAGAGCCAGGUGACACCGCACGCGAUUGUAUUCUUGCCCAGCUCAGACGGCAUGGAGAUGCUGCUGUGCUACGAAGACGAGGGUGUCUACGUCAACACCUACGGGCGAAUCAUCAAGGACGUGGUCCUGCAGUGGGGCGAGAUGCCCACAUCUGUUGCUCAUAUCUGCUCAAAUCAGAUCAUGGGAUGGGGAGAAAAGGCCAUAGAGAUCCGUUCUGUGGAGACCGGCCACCUGGACGGUGUCUUCAUGCACAAAAGAGCUCAGAGGCUGAAGUUCCUUUGUGAGAGAAACGACAAGGUGUUCUUUGCAUCAGUGCGGUCUGGAGGCAGCAGCCAGGUGUACUUCAUGACGUUGAACAGAAACUGCAUCAUGAACUGGUGAAGGAACAGCCGCUCUGGUCAGUGUGUGGAACCCAGCAGGGUUUCGGAGAAGAAAGGGCAUCUGAAAUUCUCACAAGUGCAUGCACACAAUUGUGAAACACCUUUCUCCCUUUCUCUUCAGCUCUUUUUCACACACACACACACACACACACACACACACACACACACACACACACACACACACACACACACACACACACACACACACACACAUACACUAACAACCCAUUCCAGCCUACAUGUACACUCCUUAAGACACAAUUUUCACAGAAGCCCCCCGAUAACAUUCUCCCUGGACUCAUCAUGAAAAAUCACUGAUGAGCUUCAAAUGUUAAUAUCAUCUAUUGAUUUGUACUGUAAAUAUUCUUGUCUUGAUUUACUUUACUUGGUGGACCCGUGUUCUGUCGUAUCUAUUUGGUUCCUCAUUGUGGAGUAUGUUAAAAAAAAACAUUCCUUGAUGGUUCUACAGUACGUUUUGAAGAAGGCAUUAUUUACCAAUACUGUAUGUUGAAAUGAAGCUGUAAAUAGGUAGCACCUUACACUUAGAUCUGAAUCAUUUGCAGGCCUCCUAUAUAGCCUCCAGUCAGUGUGUUGCCAUCGGACACAUGGACGUCAAAAAAUAAAAUGCUGGAACAUCUGCAGUGGCUUGUGGACCCCCAUUGUUGUGGGGCUCCCAUGAUUUCAGGGAGGUUUAAAGGAAGGAUUUAGUACAAAAAAUAUUACAAAGGGACAUUAAAGUCAGGACGAAGUAGCUUGUUGAAGUAUGUUUAGUUAUGUAUAGUAGACAGUAACCUGAAGUCCGACUUUCACAAGCUUUUUUCUGACCUGAAUGGCAAAUGAUGUUGCAACUCUUAAUCACAGCAAGUACGCCUUGAAUGCUUCAAAAGCUAAAUAGAUUUCAGUUUAAAUGAAUAAAUGAUCAAACCAAUCAGAAGUCACAUAUAUGUGCAGUACUCAGUUAAUCAGUAAUGUGAAAUCUCCUGCCUUGCCUUUUUUUCUUGGUUUAGGUGAAGCCUUUCAUUAUUUGACUCAUCAGGCUUGUAUCUAAACUUUUUGUUUUCAUAGAUUUACAUAAUACAAAAAUGUGUUAUUUAUAUGUAGUGAUUCUGUAUUGCUAUUAGCCUACUGGUUUACUUAAUUUUACUGUAAUUAUAUUGCCAUUAUAUUGCAAUAUAUGCUAAUCUGUGGAGUCUUUGUUUGAAGAGGGGAGUUUGUGUAUUUGGCUGAUCGUGUUGGAGAGUGGUUGACACCUUUUUGAGGAGAGGGGUAUUUGUCAGUAAAAGAGGAUGCUGGUGGAACGUGAAAAGAGGGUGUCACUGAUUAUUGUGAUUAAGCGAGAUCAUUUUCGUGGUCCUUUCACCCUCCUACCACAGUGAUCUACCCUACUGUAUUAUAUUUCAGUUCUAAGACUAUUUAGUUAGUGUGGGUUUUGUUUUUUUUGCAGAGAACAGCUAGGUGUGGUACAGUUUAUUCUUUGUCUAAGGCCAGUGGAGAGAUUUAAUGUAGGGUGACUCUGCAAUACCACAGAGGACUCCAUCUCAUCAGGCACUUUGAAGAAGACUGCUGGAACACAUGAGACUUAAUAUAUUUUAUAUCUAUACAUUCUGCCAAAGUUCACAGCAUAUUCUGCAGCGUGGGGUAUGAAGCUAGGGCAAAAUAAACAUUGCUUAAAUGGCGACUUUAAAGAUUUGUGUAGAAACUCUUCCUACAGAUCACUAACCAAUGUUUCUUUCUGUAUAUACAGCUAAAAAAUAUCAUGCUUAUUGAGCUGCUUUCCUUUAGCUUUUGACUGUGUGUGUUUUUUUUUUUUCUUGGAAUUAAAUGUCUGCUUUGUUUAGGCAGCUGCACAGGGGAGAUUCUGUGUGCUCUCAUACACCAGGUAGUACAGUAGAAGUAUGAUGCAGCAUCAUCAGGAAGUAGAUUGCUGAUUUCCUGUCAGCAGUGGGUUGGUAAACACAUGAAUCAAGCUUUUUGAUCAGUGAUUCACACAGUUUUACGGCACCGCUGUGCUUCUGCAGCACUUUGGUAUCAACAGGUGGACAUUUUAAAGCCACUUCUAUUGUCAGCAUGGAAUUGUUUGGAAAAUGUCUACAUUUUCCAACAAGUUGGUUCAUCUGCUUAUAAAUAGAAGCUGACAUGUUAAUGUUAAAAGAACACAACUGCCUAAAAGAAAAAGCUUUAAUUUAUUAUAAAAAGGAAUCUCGGUUAGUGAUCAAUGGGAUAAUCUGCUAAAUGUCGCUGAGGAGAUAUAUUUAAUAGAGGCAAAAAUAAAUCUAUAAAGAAUAUACAUAGAUGGCUACUUUUGUGGUGAGAUUAUAAAACAAACUGUAAAUGGGCAUGGAAAGCACUUUCACUUCAGUAAACAUACAUUUAUAAAUAUAUCUCGAGCAGAUACUUGGUGUGCAUGUAAGCCAUUGAAGUAGAGUAUAUAGUUCUGUAUCAAAGUUGUUUUCCCAUUUAGCAAAUGCGUUUUCUUGAGUAUCUGUCAUGUGCCAUGACAUUCAUUUCUAAUGUCACUAUAACAAUCCACCAGGAGCUCUGGCACUUGUGCUUUUUAUGGUCAAAUCAUAAUUUUUUUUAUCAAUCUGCCAUGUUUACAGUUAAAGCAGUGCCUUGGAGUUGGGAAGGUGAGAGAUUAAAGGAUCGGUUAAUAGCCCCUCCCCCUACCACACAUACACACUUGUUUCUUACUUGAAAUCUCAUGUAGGAGAGGAACAACAAAAUUUGCCCCUUUGUUAGGAUUUAUACCCUGUGCCACUUAAGUACACUUAAAUCAAAUCCUGAAUAUCCCUUUGAUGGACUUCAAAUGCUUUUUUGGCACCAUGUAUAUUACCUAAAAAAUAUUUUCAGACAAUAAUCAAUUCAGAUAGUUGCAAUAACAAUUUAAUUACCACAUGUCCAAUUUAUCAAGUGUAACAUGUAAAGGAUCUUCUCACAGUGAGAGCCAGCAUAAUGAAAAGCCAUACGUAUGAAACGUGUUCGUAGAAGAAAAAAACCGUAGUACUUGUGCGCAGGUCAAAUUCAACUCUGUGUGUGACGUCUGCUCAGAAAAUGUAGGUUCUUGCAGCAAAAAUGAGAUUAGCGCUUAUUCUUGAACGAUGUUGAUUGCAUAAUCUUGUAGUGGGGAAAGUAGCUUGAUAUAUUCUGAAAAGCCUAUUUUAUAAAAUGUGUAAAUUAGUCUAUAUUGAGAAAUCAAAGUGAAUGUACAUCUAUAAGACAGAUUUGUAUUUAUAUGAACAUGUGUACUGCUCUAAUAAUCAAAGCACAAUGUAUUUUAAGGCAGAGAUCAGAGCUAUAAUUGCAACAGAGAGAUGGAUUUUUUGUUUUUCCUCAUUCACUCAGCAGUGGACAAACUCGUCAGUAUGUAAUCAGUCUUAGUAGUUGGUGAUAGUGAAACGAGUCGUCCACUGAGACAGCUGUGUGUAUGUAGACUGUCAAUUACUGCAGCAUUUCUGUUGACUAGCCAUAAAAAUAACGUCUGUCUUCUUGUUACCAGAGGAGUCAACUUCGGCUGUGAUGCAGACGCUUGUGAUGACUCACAGACUGGUGUGGGAUCUGGCCCUCUUGUGUAAAUUGCCUAUGUGAAGGUGACAGGCUGUAAAUAUGCUCAGGUGAUGACGGGAAACAGCACACAAAGUGGUGCAGUGGUGAUAUGAAGGGCGUGAUAGCUCUUGAUGUGAGGUUAUUGGCUCUUGGCUUUGGUAUUGUAUCAAAAAAAGGCAGCAUUUAGUAAGUGAAAAAGUUUAUUGAUCAAUAAGGUACAUUAACAGAUUACAGAAGAAGACAAUUAGUCAAUUAUCAAUUCUUGACAACCUCAUUUUUUAAUGCGUUUUUGUCACCAGGUAUGAAAAUCCUUCAAGAUUAACUCCCCUGAUUUUACACAUCGGAGUCUGUUAACAGGUGCUCGGGAGUAAUACUGCAUGUGUGGAAAAAGUUUGAAGAAGUGAGGUGAAUUUACCAGACCUCUAGCUCGCCCCUCAUCUGCUACUUGUAUAACACAACACAAUCUCUGACCAAACUAUGAGCAGUCGUAACGGUCAGACAUUUUCUUCUGCAAAAAUGUUUGCAACAUCUCAGUUGUUGCCUGGCAACAUCAUUCAGUGCACUUACUGCCAACUGAAACUGAAACAGACUGUGGUGUGUAAAAUCAAUGGAGAACUCUUUAACACACAUUCUCAUGUUGCCUAAUAAAAAGUUUAUUUGGAAUACUUUAGUGUAUUUCUACCUCAGCUUUUGUGCACAAGCUCAGUGAGGAACACCAUACUACUUCCUUGCAGUUAAAUUUGAUUUAAAAGAUAAAGCAAAAUACCAUAGCAACAUAUUCAUUAAAUCUUCUUUAUCAUCUGAUUUGUGUUGAUAUUCUGGAUAGCAUUUCUAAAUAAUUUGACUUUGUGUUUAUUUUAAGAAGGCCUUUAUUUUACAAAUAAAAAAAGAUCUCUCAAAACAAGUUCUUGCUCAAACUCUUGUGGCUCAGCAAUGUUUAAAAUUGUGAUGAACAUUGACGUGUAGUUUAUGGAUGAGGUGCUACAAACUGUCAUCAAUUUAUUUGAGGGAAUCUGUUCAAAUAUUAAUCUUAUCACAUUGUAAGCAGCAGAAAUUCUUAUAAUAGGUUGUGGUUUGUAACACAGUUCUUGUUACAAUAAGUCGUAAAAGUUCUAUUUCAUUUUGUGCCAAGAGCCAUUAAAAGAACCUCCUAACGCAUUAGUUUCAGUGUCAGUCUGACCACGAACAUGGACAGAUUGGAUCGCUGAAUUCAUGUAAGGCGGCUCUGAACAGCCAAGAUUCACAAAGUUUGUCAUCAGAAAGAAAGAGGCACCAUGGAGUUUUAGGUAAAGCGUUAAACAUGUAGAACAUCGUCCUGAGAGACAGUUAUUCUCUCAGAUGAUGACAUUUCUUUUUUAAUAAGCAAUACAAGCAUUUGAACAAAUCAAACCGUGGCUGUUCAUCUCAGUGUGACCUACAGAAUGAUUUUUCAGUGGCCUUUGGCAGACUGAAUGUAGGCUGGUUCGUUUGUUGCUUGUUAAUGAAGUUGUUCUGUAUUUUACUUUUGUUCAUAACCACAAAGAAUAACUACUGCUUCGCUCUGUCAGUUUAACACAAUCACCUGUUGGGAUGCUUGUUCUUGCUUCUCUGUAAUGAGAUCCAUGGAACUGCCUUUGUGAACUCAAAGUAUCGAUAGUUAAUAUUGUGAUGAGGCCCUCCUCUCUCUUAGCUUAUAUUCUCAAUAAAGUAUGAAGGGAUUAGCAGCUGUAGUUGGGAGUGAGGCCGAUCAAACUUGGGGUUUACUUGGAGCUCUAAAACGAUGUGGAUCUUUGGACAGAACUACAAUAUCUAUUAUUCUUUUUCAAUAACUGGUUUUUUUUUUGGGUUUUUUUUAAGACGGUAAACAUCUUUGCAAUGUUUUAGUGUGUGUGCGCGCGUCUGUGUUACUUGUGAGAGGUUAACUCUAGAUUGUAUUUCAUAGACUGAUCAACUUUAAACUUUCAAAAGAUUGUGUUGAAUGAAUUCAUGUCUUAAUACAGAAUUGUUUGAAAAAUAAAAUACCUUAA